AGCACCCAAGCAUAUUUUAGCUACGCCUGCUACUCAGCAGGAGGCUGAUGCCUUUAUGUGGUCAUAUUUUCUUCAAGAAAAUGGAUGUUAAUGAAUACAUGAGUGAUUAGCUAAACAGAUCUUUCUUUUGAAUUUUCUCAUUGCAUGAGGAUGUUGGAUCACUUGCUUUCUCGGAUGUUUACUUGUCUUCUUUUGGUUUUGCUCUUCAACUUCCAUAGAGUUUUAUUGACAUUAGGCAAUGACAAGCUGUGUCAGAAUACAGAAAAACUGCUGUCCGAGUUCCCGAAAACUCUUGAUAAAUCUAACAGAUGCAUGUUGAGCUGUACAAUGCAGGCAUGGAUGUCACUGACUAGUGGAAACCGAACGAUGACUUUGCUCCUCCAUGCGACUGCUCCAGGGAAAGAUGACAGAUUCUGUUGGCUUCGACACCUGCUGUGUGUGAAAGGAAAACGUCUCCACAAAGCUUAUGUUCUUCUACCUUUGCAAAAGGGAAAACUGCAGCCAGAUUCCGUUGUCCACCUACAGACUUUGGGGUCUUCCAGAAAAAGCCUAUUGGAAUCAGAACAGAGCCAGUCAAUUUUUGGUAGUGAAUGUGGUCUCCGCUUUGAUAUGACUCAGUUCAUAAUGGUCACAGAGAAUAUGGUUGAGAUAUGUGUGGAGCCACUGCUGAAUGGACAUCCAGCUUUUAGUUCAGUAAUGGAUGGUCUCAAAUGCCAACCAUUUCUUGGUACAAUUUGGAAAAAACAACAUCAUUCCAUUCAAUAAAUGCCUCUUAUAUUUCAUGCCACAGCAGACAAAUAUAGAAAUGCACUGCAACCUUUAGAGUUAUAUGUAUGUAUGUAUGUAUAUAUGUAUGUAUGUUUAGACUGCGUUUUCAUAAUAUACUUUCUUACAUUUUCAUUUACUGCAUAUUCAUUUUCUUUUGCUUUAUUUGUGAAUGGGUAAUGAAUGGUAUCAAGGAUUAAAGCAACAUGUUUAAUGUUUUAUUUAUGUUCCUCUAUUUAUAAAAAUACAAUUGUUAUUAUAUUUUUCAAAAUCUUCAGUUGUCCCCAUACAUUUUUUUUCGUGUAUUAGCUUACCUAUCUGCUGUACAAACAUGAGCUGUUUUGAAUUAACUAUAGGAAGCAGAAAUGUAAUUGCAUGGUUUAACAUGGCAAACUCCAUCCACAGAUUGAUCCACUUUCUGUAAUGUUUUCAUCAGGGAGCCAUAGCAAGCCAUUGAGCCUGUUCAACAGAUUCACACACACAUCCUAAUACCAAGGUUAAAAAUAGAUUACAGGGAAGGUAACACAUUAACCAUUUAUCGUAAUCCAUGCUGGUUUAUUUUCUUUGCCUUCACAGUAAUGUAUAAAGGAAUGGAUGAUAACACUCAAUAUAAAGAGUGAUCCUCAAAAUAAGCUCAUUACCAUUAUGCCAGUUGAGUGAUGGCCAGUAAAUUAUGCACAUUUACAUGCAUUUUCAAAUAAGAAUGGAGACAUUGUCAAAGUAGUUGUAAAGAUUUUAUACAAAAUUUGGACAUAUGUGCAACUCAGGAAAAUAUGUAGGUUUAACAAUUUUUCCUUCAAAAAGAUCGAAACAGUGAGCUGCAUUGAAUGUAAUUUUAUCUUUAUAUGUUAGUUUGCAUGAUUGUUUUCUUUCUUUGCUCUUCUCAAAACAAAGUGUAAUUUUAAAGAUAACUGUCUGCUAAAAUCAGUUAUUCUGAAACAAAUCUAAAACACUAUCUAAAAAAAUAAGUAUGUUUAUUAUAUGUUGUAUUUAUCAUUGUAUAGUAUAUCUUCUCAAUUCCAAAGCAAAUAAUUAUAUAAUAAAGAACAUUUUAAAUUAACUUUUGCUCUGAAGCAAUAUUAAAUUUUAAAAUGCAGACUCUGCUCACUGUGAACUGGUGAACAUGAAUAUAGAAACACAAACUUACAAAUCCUGAAUACAUGGACAUUAAAUGAUAAAUCAGUUACACAGAUCUUACACUUUAAAGGGUAAACUGGAUAGAUUAUUUCAAUCUGAGUAAUAACUUAGGUACUUUCUAGUUUGUAAAGAUUUAUGCAUGUUUAAAAAUCUACGAGUUAUAAGAGCAUUAACCUUCAUCAAGAUGUCUAUACCUGAGAGUAAAAUAAGAGCACUGAUUGAUAGAAAGCAUAUUUUAAGAAAU